GAUAUCAAUUAAAAAUUCUUAAUUCCAUCUGUUAAUGACAAAAUUGUUCAUUGGACACAAAAUCAGUAUAUUUUUAUUAAAAAUUUCCUUUGAAGUCAGUGUGACCUUGUUUGGGAGGCACAGGGCCAUAAAAAGGUGAAUUUGAACCUGGCAUGCUUUGAAAUUUUAUUAAGCUUAACAAUUGAAAAUUAACAUUUAAAAAAAAUUUCUACAGAGUAUAAUAAUUGUCUAAAAUUAGAAUUUUGAAGCAAAAGCAAUAAAAUACAAAGAGACAUGUGUCACAAGGUAGGUCUAUAAACCUGCCAGACGAUCAAACACACAGUAAUGGUUGUAACUUGCAAUCAAGGCCGAGUCACCAUUCAAUGAUCACUGAUUGCAUUGUAAUGACUAUCAAAGCCUUCCUUGGCCUGGAAUAUUCAAUUGCCAAUCUUGAUCUUUAACCAGCUUUCUUGAAUCAAUGAUUUCGUUGCAAGAUAUAAUAGUCAUGUUUUAAACUGUUUUAACUUUCUGUUAACUGACUACUGUUUUAUUCCAAAUUAUUGUCAUUUUGGUGUAUUCAGUUGUCAGCCAAAAAGUUCAAGAUUAUAUCAGAUGAUUAAGAGAAAUUUUGGUGCCAAUUUAUUAAAAAUUUAGCUCUAUGAAAUUUUUAUUCGAGUAUUAGCCAAAAACAUUAACAUUAAUUAAACCCAUAAAAAGCUACUGUUACUUUAAGUAGCUUAUUUCACCUGAUAUUCCUUUUUAAGAGAAAUUUUUAAGUAAACUGAUUAAAAUUUAUCUUUAUGCAAUUUCAAUAAAGUAUAUUGUCCUAAAAGAAGACAAAUUAAGUGUCCUUUGUCACUAGGCAUGCUUUUUUGACAUUUUUAAAGCCAAACAAUUGGAAAUUAACAUUUAACUUCAUUCUGUAGAGCAGAAUUUAUUAUUAUAAUCUAAAAGUAGAAUUUUGAAACAAAUGUGAUUAAAUACAAUGUUGUGUUUUGUGUCACAAGGUUUGUCUAUAAAAUUGCCAGACGAUCAAACACACAGUAAUGGCUGUAACUUGCAAUCAAGGCCGAGUCACCAUUCAAUAAUCAUUGAUUUCUGGUGUUGUAAAGUCAAUCAAAGCCUUUCUUGGCCUGGCAUACUCAAUCUGCCAAUCUUGAUCUUUAACCACCUUUCCUGAAUCAAUGAUUUGGUCGCCAUUACAGUCAUGUAUAUACUGUAUAAAGUUAACUUUCUGUUUUAUUCCAAAUUACUUCCAUUUUGGGGCAUUCCAGUCAGACUUUUCAAAUUUAAUAACACUACUAACCAAAAUCAUAAAUUUUAAAUCCAUUAAAGCUAGUAAGUAGCUUAUAUCACCUGAUAUUCCUUUUAGUAGAAAUUUUGAAGCAAACUGAUUAAAAUUAAAAUUUACAUUUAUGCAAUUUUUAUAAAGAUGCAAUUUUUAUAAAGUAUAUUGUCCAAAAAAGAUAAUUUGCAUCCAAAACAAAUAAGUGUCCCUUGUUGCCAAGCAUGCUUUUUGACACUUUUUAAAGCCAAACAUUGGAAAUUUACCUUUAACUUAAUUCUAUUGAGUAUAAUUAAAGUAUAAAAUGUAGAAUUUUGAAAAAAAAUGAUUAAAUACAAAGUGGUUUAUGUCACAAGGUUUGUCUAUAAAUUUAUUUUGCCAGAAAAUCAAAAAUAAAGUAAUGGCUGUAACUUGCAAUCAAGGCCGAGUUACCAUUCAAUAAUCAUUGAUUUCUGGCAUUGUAAAGUCAAUCAAAGCUUUUCUUAGCCUGGCAUAUUCAAUCUGCAUUAAGUUAACUUUCUGAUUACUGACUACUGUUUUAUUCCAAAUUAUUUCCAUUUUGGUGUAUUCCGUUGUCAGACAAAAUGUUCCAAAUUGUAAUUGGUGAAAAAGAAAAAUUUUGAAGCCAAUUUAUUAAAUAUUUACCUAUAUCUAACUUUGAUAAGUGUAUUAGCCAAAAACAUUAACAUUUUUCAAGUAGCUCUUAUCACCUGAUAUAUCUUUUUAUGAGAAACUUUUAAGCAAACUGUUUAAAAUUUACUAUUAUGCAAUUUGUUCAAAAAGUAGAAUUUGCAUCCAAAACAAAUAUGAGUGUGUGUCCCUUGUCACCAGGCAGGUUUUCUUGACAUUUUUAAAGCCAAUUGAAAAUUUACCUUUUACUAAAUUCGACGGAGUAUAAUUAAUUACAGUCUAAAAUUUGAAACUAAGUUCUAUAGAGUAUAAAUCUAUAUUAUAUUUCACAAAGUUUGUUUGUAAAAUUGCCAGAUGAUGAAACACUCAGUAAUGGCUGUAACUUGCAAUCAAGGCCAAGUCAGAGUUCAAUAAUCAUCGAUUUCUAGUUUUGUAAAGUCAAAGCAUGUCUGGCCUGGAAUAUUAAAUCUUCCAAUCUUGAUCUUUAAUCCAUUACACGUAUACAUUCCUGUAUAAGCAAAAGUAAAGAAUCAGUUUGACACAUAUCAAGUACAUACAAUGUAGAGUAACUGAAUACAUAUAUUAACAUUUAUAUACAUUUUCAUGCAUCUGAAAAUGGAUUCAUAAAAACUGCUUUUAAUUUCUUUACUAGAGCGUUCUACCAUCUGAAAUGAUACUAAAAGUAUAUGUUUCCAGUAUUCAUUUCUUACCGAAUAUUCUUCUUUUUCUGGGUAUGUUUUAGUUUUCAGCAUGGUUGUUCUAUGAAAUAACUAACAUAUAAUGUUGAACUUUGGCGGGAUUCACAAAGAGAUUGGCCAUUUCAAUUUGCCAGUGUUGUAUGGGCCACCCAUGUCUGGAAAGACAUUAACAGCAUCAUGUGUUGCCUUGAUAACGGGCAUAUUGAAGAACCAGAUCAGUUCAAGAAACACCCAGGCAUUCCUCAGUGACUGUUUUGCCAUUUCAACAUUUCCAUCAGUUUGGGAUGACCCGACAAAAGAGCAGGAAGUAAAACAAGUUUGCAUCGACCUUGGCAACGCAGCAUUCCGGGGCAAGUUUAAGGAAGAUGCUAAGACACCCCUUUCAGGCUGCCUAGUCACUGCAAACUUCAGCCUCUCAGAAAUUGAAAAGUACUAUUCAAGAGUGUGCUUGAUUCCAUUCGAAAAAGUGAAGAAGGUAACCCAUGUUGGUGAGGGUCCAGCCUUGGAGAAGAGGGCAUCAGCAGCUCUUCCAACACUCAUCAACUUUGCGCAUGGCAUUAGAAGAGAAGACGUUCAUGACAUUGUAGAGGUACUCAGAACCAGUAACAUCAGAGAUUUAAGAAUUUUAGAAGGUGUGGCAAUUCCAUGUAUGCUGGCAAAGAAAAUAUUAAGCACCUGUGACCUGCCACAUGAAGAACUACUGGACUUCUGUGGUAGGAUAUUGAACUACCACACCACACGUGGUAGUCUACCACAAGAAGUUGAAAAUGGAAACAGUAGUUCUGGUACUGCUCUGCAGAAGGUUUUCAUGAUGGCGAAAGAUAAAGAGGUGUCUGCACAUAUACGCAUCACUGCAGACAAGCUAUAUGUGAGAGUGAAGGAAUUUGAUCAGAAAAGGUAGGUACCACCCUUGCAGCUGUAU